GAAUCGAAUCGACCACUGAAGGGACUCCCUGGGUCGUGGCUUUAGCGAAGAAAAGCCCUGAGCAGUGCGCAAUCUUCGACCUAUACCCGUGGCGGAUCAUUGCCAGAAACGGGAGCAAAAGAAGAAGUACGCGAAGAAGGAAAAGGUGAUGUGUGUGUGUGUGUAUGUGCGCGAAAGCCAAACAUAGAAUUUCCCAGUCGUCGUUGCCUUUGUUGAAGGUGGUAAAAGCAGUGCGGAAAAGCUGAACACACCCUUCCCCUUCGACCGCCGGAUCCCGGAGCCAUUCCUCCGAAACACACAGGCAGAGGCAGCACCAACAAGGGCGAAAAAGUAUUCCCUGGUUGUUGUUUUUUUUCUCUACUAAGUAAGACGUCUCGGAGCAAGCGUACAAGAAGUAACGAAGAAGAAGAAGAGAAAAAAAGAACCAAUGGCUGCUAUCAGGAAAAAGCUGGUAAUCGUCGGCGAUGGUGCCUGCGGUAAAACCUGUCUGCUGAUCGUGUUCAGCAAGGAUCAGUUCCCGGAGGUGUACGUGCCGACCGUUUUCGAGAACUACGUGGCCGACAUCGAAGUCGACGGCAAACAGGUGGAGCUGGCGCUAUGGGAUACGGCUGGACAAGAAGACUACGACAGACUGAGGCCGCUGAGCUACCCAGACACCGAUGUUAUCCUCAUGUGUUUCUCUGUCGACUCGCCCGACUCGCUGGAGAACAUACCCGAAAAGUGGACCCCCGAGGUGAAGCAUUUCUGUCCGAAUGUACCAAUCAUAUUAGUCGGUAACAAGAAAGAUCUCAGAAAUGACCCUCACACUAUAAAGGAAUUAUCGAAAAUGAAGCAAGAACCAGUCAAGCCACAGGAAGGGCGCGCUAUGGCUGAGAAAAUAAACGCAUUUGCUUAUUUGGAGUGUUCCGCCAAAUCGAAGGAGGGCGUCCGCGAAGUGUUUGAAACCGCUACGAGAGCAGCGUUACAGGUGAAAAAGAAGAAGAAGAGUAAAUGUGUUCUGCUCUAAAAGAGCAAAGCCAGCAUUGUGCUUCUAUUGCCGUGUUGUGAGCAGCUCCAUCAUAACACCGGGCUGGAAAUGCGAAAAUAGAGAAAACCGCGCGGUGGAGAUGCAUAGGAAGCGAAAGGGAGAGCGCAAGAAAGGUGAAGCGAGACAGAGUUGGAUGAAAAUGCGAAAUACGGGACGAAAAUCAUUUUCGCUGGGAGUGCAAGCGAGCGUAAGGAGGCGGAAGUUGAAGAGGAAGAAGAAGGGUAGAUGGCGACGUUAGAUAGAUGGCCAAACGCUAUAACAUUAAUCGUUGGGGGAGGAGGUGAAGACGUCGACGAAAAUCGUUAGAUUAAUGCCACGAAGCAAGAGCAACAGCAGCAGUCUCUCAGAUCAAAGUAAAGAAUCCUUUUUUUAUGAAUGAAAAAGAAUAAUCUUUUCGACCAUCUUUCAUACAUUAGACCAAAAACAGAAAUCAAAAAAGAAAAGAAAAGGAAAGGAAACAGUAAACUAACGCAGGAUUAUCGCGGAAAGCCGAGUCCCGAAGCCAAGGCUAGCCUUAAGAGGGUGUGUAAGGACGAUGGAGAGUGCGAACCACCUCCAGCAAGAUUCGAUCCGCUGUGGUGGAGGAAGGUUGCCUCUCUUCGCUGCGUGUAGUUUAAAGAUCAGGAAUCGCUAGGCCGCCCAAUUAUGAUUUUUUUUAAAGUGUACCAACGUAAUGAUUGUUGCAUAUUAUGGUCCGGAGGGCACGAGUGUAGCUUGAAAUCGAAUGCAAAAAUGAUAUGGUUCGUUCAUUUGUAUGUUUUGUCUCUUUGCGAAGCCACAUAGGACAAGGGGAGAUGAGGGAUCAAGCAAAAAUGCUAUGAACCUGUGGGGCACUCACACGCGUUCCGUUUCUCCCACACACACACACACACGCGCGUAGAGGACUGUGCUGAUCAUCAGAUCACUUAGAAGGGCCACGAGUCGAAUAGCAUAAAUUUAUGGUGGGUCUAACCAGAUUGUCCAACGAUCGCGGCACGACUGAACUGUGUUUGUGGGUGUGUGUGUGUUUUUUUUAUAAAUGUGCUAUAAACGCUCCAGAGCUCAGGUUGGUUGGGGUUCUUGAUACAGCAACACACCACUUGCGAGCAGCGUAUAUGAAUGUUGCGAAAAGAAGGAUUCUAGUGUUUAUGUUUCUCAUAUUUGGUCCAUUUUUUCUUUUUUUUUUACUAUCACACAACAACAAGAAAAAAAACAUACAUAUAUUACAUACAUAGCAUGGCAUCUAUUAGAUGUGUUUUUUAUUAUUAACUAUUUGGUAAGCGAUUAAGUAAAUGUUGUGUAUGCAAGAAAAAUGCAGCAAAAAUAAGAUAAAACAAACAAAAAAUUGAAUGAAGAAAAAGAGCGAUCAUUAUUAUUGAGGCCAAGGCGCGUUUGUAUUGAAUUGAGGCAAGGAUUGCGCAGAGAGAGAGAGAGAGAAAAGCGGAGCAGCAUAACACACUAUUAUUAUAUCCUGGCGUCCAAGGGUAUGUUCGUUCCCACUACCAAAACAUCCCAGGCCAAUAGAUUCCACCUUCAUACAUACACUCGUACACCCACACAAACACAUACUCAUUCACACUGAAAUCGAGAUUAUAAUCGAGAAGCAAGAACGAACGAUACACGGUAAACAGGUGUUAGAGAAGAAUGAGCAUAUGGAAACAAGAGGAGCGGGUACGCAAAUCACAGAGCGCUACUGCGACAGUGUCUAGCGUCUUGGUAUCCUUGUUGGACGAGCAGGACACAAUCACAGAAUGAUCCAGACGAGUUUUUUUUUCUAUAGGUCUGAUACCUAAACAAUCAAUCCUCACUGACUUUCUCACUUUCACACGACACACGUACGUGUUGCGGUUGAGACGACGGGUAGGAGGAAUCGGAUUUUAAAAAUUACAAACUUAAAGAAAACAAAACCUGGUAUUGUAAUUCGCGAAAGAAGCAUCCGCUCGGUAUCAGCAGACGACACACACACACAUACUACCACAUAUAUAUAUAUUUUGUCGGUAAUGCAGCAAUGGCAAGGAGCAAAAACACCGUGAAUGCGUGCGAAUCGGCCCCUACGGCACCAUAUGAGCCAACGGGCCAAUGGCAAAACGAGUGCGUGAACCUAAACAUUUAAGAACGUCGAUGCAGAAAGAACGGAGAUGGAGGAGCGGAUUUAGGAUAGUAAUAGGGUAACAAAGAUUAGCGAGGAAGAUGAGUCAGAAUUUUAAAAUGAAAGCAGAAGAAUAAAUUCUAACCAAUGAUAAAUGGAAACAACAAAACACAACAAUACACACACAAA